AUGAGAAAUGUCCACUAUGAAUACGUGUGCGGCACCUGUUUCGCCCACAACCACGUCUCCCCCGCCUACCACUACUCCGGACGGAGGCGAUGUGUGAAUGAGGAUGCGCCCCGGCCCGAGACUGACGAGCAGCGCUGGGCGACCAUGUGGCGGACAAGGUUUCCAUCCAUCGCAGUCCCGGAUCCUUAUGUGUCUCCUCUCCCACCAAGCCUACCCCCGAUGGCUCCUGAGCCUACCGGAAGCCCACAAGCGCAUCAUGGCCCUCAACUACAAAAUGAUCAAAGUUCGGCACCGGCGGCGUUAUCGGAAGAUGACCCUGAUACCGAUAUCGUGGCUAAUGCUGUGGCUGCUAUUCACGCGGACUUGCUGGACACCAGCACCAAUCCCAAUGCCAGCGUGGAAGCUAGUGCUGGAGCUGCUUUUGACACGGCCUUACUGGAAUAUGACCCUGAUCUCGAUGCCAGUUUGGAGCCUAAUGCUGGGGCUGAUGCUGACGCGGCCUUCUUGGAAUAUAACCCUGACCCCGAUGUCAGUGUAGUCGCUGAUGCUGUGGCUGCUAACGACGCGGCCUUCCUGGAAUAUAACCCUGAACCCGAUGUCAGCGUGGACCCUGACACUGUGGCUGCUUUCGAAGCGGCCUUCCUGGAAUAUAAUCCUGAUCCCGAUGUCAGCGUGGACUCUGACACUGUGGCUGCUUUCGACUCACAGUCUCCGGAAAAUGGCCCUCAUUUCGGUGCCAGCGUGGUCGACUUGACUUCCGAUACCAGCGUGGGAGACUUGACUUCCGAUGCCAACGUGGACUUUGACACUGUGCCUGCUUCUGCCUCACAAUCUCCGGAGAAUCGCCCUGAUUUCGAUGCCAGCGUGGUAGACUCUGAUACCAAUGCCAACGUGGACUCUGACACUGUGGCUGCUAUUGACUCGAACUCAUCGGAAGAUAGCCCCCAUUUCAAUGCCAUCGUGAUACCUAUGGACCUGAGUUCCAAUACCAGUGUGGGAGACCCUGAUGGUGAAUUCGAGAUAGACGAAGGUUCACCCGCUGCUCUCAACGACGUGCCCGCAGAGGAUGUUUACGGUACCACAGAGGGGGCCGACGUGGUAGCUAGCGCUGUGGCUUAUUUUGACGAGGCAGUGGCCAGGGCUGGCGAACACGGUUAUGUCGAGAUAGACGACAGUUUCUCCGCGCUUCUCAACGACUUUCCCCAAGUGGACGUUGACUAG